CCCGGCCCGGCGCGGCCUCCUCCCGGCCGCCAUGGCCGCGCCCGCCGCGGGGACCGAGCUGCCCGUGCCCGAAUCAGGUGCUGUUUUCACAUUCGGGAAAAGCAAGUUUGCAGAAGAUAUUCCUAGCAAGUUCUGGUUCAAAAAUGACAAGCCUGUACUUAUAUCAUGUGGAGAUGAACAUACUGCUGUUAUUACAGGGAAAGGUAAACUAUACAUGUUCGGCAGUAACGACUGGGGCCAGUUAGGACUAGGAUCAAAGAACACUGUCAGCAAACCAACAUGUGUUAAAGCUUUAAAACCAGAAAAACCAAAACUUGCUGUUUGUGGAAGAAACCACACUUUAGUUUACACAGAAAAAGGAAAUGUCUAUGCUGCUGGAGGUAACAGUGAAGGCCAGUUGGGAUUAGGUGACACAGAGGAAAGGACCACGUUUCAUUUAAUUCGUUUUUUUACCAACCGGCACAAGAUCAAGCAACUAUCAGCUGGGUCGUACACCUCAGCAGCAGUAACUGAGGAUGGGCAGCUCUUUGUGUGGGGUGAUAAUUCAGAAGGUCAGAUAGGCCUGGCCAAUGAAGCCUUCGUCAGUGUCCCCUGUAAAGUGGAUAUUGGAAAACCUGUUUCCUCUGUAUCCUGUGGAUAUUAUCACUCUGCCUUGAUAACAGGAGAUGGUGAACUCUAUACUUUUGGAGAACCUGCGAAUGGGAAACUGGGAUUAUUGCCUGAACAGCUGAAGAACAACAGAGUCCCACAGCCUGUACUGGGAAUUAUAGAAAAAGUUAAUAAGGUUGCUUGUGGUGGAGAACACACAGUGGUGCUGACAGAGACAGAUGUUUAUACUUUUGGACUUGGACAAUAUGGGCAGCUGGGACAUGGAACUUUUGUGUUUGAAAGUUCAGUACCGAAGUCUGUGAAACACCUGAAGAGGCAUAAAAUAUGUAACAUUGCAUGUGGGGAAAAUCACACUGCUGUGAUAGCAGAGAAUGGCCUCAUGUUUACUUUUGGAGAUGGACGACAUGGCAAGUUAGGCUUUGGAGAAGAGAGUUUUACAAAUCUGUUUGAUCCCACUUUGUGUUACAAUUUCUUGAAGUUCACGGUCCUUUCGGUUGCUUGUGGUGGUUGUCACAUGCUGGUUUUUGCUGCUCCAAGACCUAAAGGAUCUGAAGUAAUCUUGGAAGAUUUAUAUGAGCCUCAUUUGACUGCUACUAUACCUAAAACAAGCGGGGACUUUGUACUAGCAAACACUUUGCAAUUAUCAGCAGCACGAAUAAGACGUCGAGAGAGGGAAAGGUCACCAGAGCAGUUUGUUCGAAUGGCACAAACUCUGCCUCCAAUGGGGGAAAGCUUCUUAAAAUCUUCAUUGCCUGUGACAAGCAACACCAGCCCAUUCUGGUUUUUUGCAACAAGUCAUCCUAAAUCUGAAUCUCUGAGGGAUGGAGACCAUGAAAAAGAAAAUAAUCAUCAAAAAGAUAAACCUGGUAAAGUCUCUGCAGAACAAGAUUCAGAUAAUGAAAAUAUUGACAGAAACCUUGGAGAUACAACUGACAUCCUGAAUAUGACACAUGCAAUGAAGUUGAGUCCUGGUGACCGGUCCUUAAAAUUAUCCCCACUCCAAAAACAGAAGAAGAACAAUAAAAAUGUGAAACUGAAAAGAGAUGGUAAGGGUGGGCUGAAAAAUAAGGGUUCUGAUCUCACAAAGAAGGGCUCAAAAUUGGAGUCUGGCUCUUUACUAAAGCAGUCCUCACUUUCAGAGUCACCUGGACAAGAUUUAGAAAAGACUAGUGCCUUUGUAGGGAAGCCUGUGGCCAAAAAAAGUAUAAAGAAAGGUAAAUCUGAGCAUGCACAAGGUGAUAGUGCUCAUGAAAGUGGUGCUCAAGAAAUUACUGGGGACAAAAGCGUAUUAGUGAAAAGGGAAAAAGAAUAUGUGGAAAAUCCUGAAUUUUUCAGAGACGAUGCAACUUAUAAUCUUCCCACUGAAAAUCAAAUUCUGACUGAAAAAAUAAAUUCUUCCAAUAAAAAGCCAAAAGCUGUUAAAUCUAAGCAAUCCCUUAAAAUAGAAGUACUUCCUUCUGCUCCCAGGGAUACGCCCCAGACUGUUUCAUUAAUUGUACAAGAACACAGUCCUGCUAAAAACCAAGGGAGUCAAGAAACAACUGAAAGUCAAAACAAAAUAAAGGAUGGUGUUGAAAAAUCUGACAGGUGUGAAAGAAUAUACAUCAGAGGAGAAGAAAGUAGUGCAGAACAGAGGGAGCUUAAAAAAAAGCAUCAGUUUUUGAAACAAAUAUCUGUAACUUCAUCAUCGUCUUCAACUGAGGAAAGUACUAAUGAUCUCCAAAAAUAUAUACUUAAGGAAGAGGUCUACUAUGAACACAGAGUUGUCCAGAGAACAGUAGAAAAAGUGAAACAUUUGGACUUAGAAAAAGAAGACAGUGAGCUUGAGGAGAUACAAGCUACAAACAAUGAGAAAGAAUGUGUAGAACAGACUGAUUUUAAAAGCCUGAAUGAGGCAGAAACAAGUUCUAAUGAUGAAGACAGGCCAUUAGAAAUUAAGAAGGAGGAGGAAUCUGAUCAGGAGGAGGAGAGUGAAGGCAGUGAAAAAGGUGAAGACAGGGUGCUGGAAAUUAAGAAUGAGGAGGAAUCUGAUCAGGAGCAGGAGAGUGAAGGCAGUGAAAAGGGUGAAAGCGAAAAACUAGAUGAAACAAUUGAUAGUGAGGGUAAACUAGGGGAGGAAGAAGAGAGUGAGGUUAAAAAAGAUAGAGAUGAAGUUUCAGUAGAAAAAGAUGAAGAGGAAAAAGAUAACGAGGAAGAAAAUGAAAGAGAGGAAUCACAGGCUGAGAGAGACAGUGAGAACGAGGGGGCAGAGGAGAUUGAGGAGGUCAGUCAGCAAGAUGGCAAAGAUCAAGGAGAUGAGCAAGGCAGGUUGAUGGAGGAAGAAGAAAUGGUGAGUGAGGGAGAAAAGGAGGAUAUGGAGGAGAAAUAUGAGAAAGAGGAAGGCACUGAAAAAGAAAAAGAGGAACAGGUUAAAAGUGAGGGAAGAGAUGAGAGUGAGGAAGGAGGGGAAGAUAGAGAGGGAGAGGAAGAAAAAGAGGUAGAGUCAGAAGAGGAAGGAGAAGAUGAAGAGGAAGAUGAAGAAAACAAAGAAAGGGAGAAUGAAAAAGACAAAGAGGGUGAAGAGGAGGAGUUGGAAGAAUCAUUGGCAGGGAGGGAAGAAGAGGUAUCUGAAGAAGAACAUGAUGAGGAAGAUGCAAAUAUGAAAACUAAGGAAGUGGGUGAGGAUGGAGCAGAAGAGAAAAGAGAAGAUGAGAAAGAGGAAGGAACAGAGGCAGAAGCAGAAGGGCAGGAGGGGGAAGAAGACGAAAAGGAAGAAGAGGAGGGGGAAGAAGAGGAGGGGGAAAAUGAAGAGGAAGGGGAAGAUAAAGAAGAGGGAGGAGUGGAAGAAGAUGAGGGAGUAGGAGAGGAAGAAGAGAGUGUUGGAGAAGAUGAGGGAGAAGAGGGAGUGGAAGAAGAAGAGGAAGAUGAAGAGGGAGAAGGAAUGGAAGCAGAGGGAAUGGAAGAAGAGGGAGAUGAAGCAGGAGAGGAAGAAGAGGUAGAGGAGGGAGAAGAGGGAGGGCAGGAAGAAGGAGAAGAAGAAGGAGAAGGGGAAGAGGGGGAAGAAGAAAAAGGGCAAGAGAGUGAGCAGGAAGAAGAAGAGGAAGAGAAGGAAGAAGAAAAAGGGGAAGAGGGUGAUGAGGAAGAAGAAGAAGGAGAGGGGGAAGAAGAAGAGGAAGAGAGGGGAGAAGAAGAAGGGGAAGAGGGUGAGGAGGAAGAAGAAGAAGGGGAAGAGGAAGAGGGGAGAGAAGGUGAAGAGGGAGAGGGGGAAGAAGGAGAAGAGGAGGAAGGGGAUGUAGGAGAGGAGGAAGAGGAUGAGGGAGAAGAAGAUGAGGAUGAGGAGGAAGAAGGAGAGGAAGAGGAGGAAGAAGGAGAGGAAGAGGAAAAACCAAAAGAUAAAAGAAAAAAUUAUAGCAGUAAACUUCCAGAAAAGAAAAGCAAACCCAGGAAGCCAGAAAAGACAGAAAGUGCUGCUUUACCAAACAUCUCUAGACAAAACAUGAAGUCCAAACGUCAUGUAGCAAAUGGUUUACAUAAUUCAGAACAAUUUUGGAACAAUGUGCUACCUCAUUAUUUAACACUAAAGUAGCAUAGACUACUGGAGAUGCAUUUUAAGCCUAUUCAGGAAACUUUGGAACUAUGGAAGACUGAUUUUGAUUACUUAAAAGAAACUUUUCAUGGAAUCAAAGCAUAUUAUUAUGCAUAAGUGCCAAUUUCUUGACAAAGACUGAAGAACUUCUAUGAGAGAAAUCAUACUUUCUUGAUACAAUCAUUUUCACAAUCAUGUUUAUCACAUAUGAUAUAUAAAAAUAUUAAUUGCUGAGGAGGUAGACUGUGUUUGCCUCUUAAUUAAAGUGCAAUGUCAUGCUGAAAAUGAGUUCUACAUUGUAACAGUGUAAUCUUUGCCUUUGAAUCAGCAAUACACCAAUUUAGUUACAGGACAAUUUACUUGAUCAUGUGCCUUACAUGAAAGGAGUUUCAGUAAAUCAGCAGAUGUACCUAUUUUUAAAUUUUGGUAUCACUCCAUAAUUUAUUCCCCCUACUUUUAUUCUCUUCAUACAUUGGUGAAACGUUCAAGUACUUAAAUUAAAGAAAGAACAAGUUGCCAAAUUUACGUGGCUCAGUGGAUGGAAGGUAAGUGGAGAUGCAGGCCUGGGUAAGUGAUGGCCUGGGAUUUUUCAAGGGCCUUAUGGCUGACUUCUAAUUUUGGUGUUAGCACACAAUUCUGUGCAAAAAGACACACACAGAUCUCAGAAUCUGGCCUAGAUUACAUUAGAGUUCAGAGAUAAUUUUUUAAUAUCACACUUGGUGAUUAGAUAGAAUUAAGAAUUUGAAAUAUACACCUGUAAACAUUUUUUGUUUAUACUGUGCCAUACACAAAAGAUUCUAUUUCUUCCUAUGAAAGACUACAUCACAUUAAUCCCCUAACUCUGAGGUACUCAAGGAGGGGAAUAAAUGUUGUUGCUGUGUAAAACACAUAUAUGUUUUCAGGAUCAGAUCUAAAGCUUCUCCUCAUUGGAAGAGAUUUAUAGUUUUCCCUUCUAAAAAAUCCUAUCUGUAAGUCCAAAAUAGGUAAACCAACAAGCCAGACGGAAUACCAAAGAAAGUGGCAAGAAAGUCUUAAUUUUUUUUUUUGAAAAAACAAAGUUAAUACUUUUGAAGUUUCCUUAAAAUACACAAACAAAUUUUGCAAAUUAUUUCUGUCAGACAAUGCAUCACUCUUUCAGCCAUUAGGGACUGAACUGGCAAAUGAAGAGAGAGGAGCUCAUCAUGCAGCAUUGUUACUUGAAUAUUAUGCCAAUGGGUGGUCUGAGAAAUUUUUGUAAACUGAUCUCGGCAUUGACAUUCUGUAAAAAAAUAGUUACUUAAACCCUACCUGAAAAUGAGGACAGAAGAAGAAAGGAAUCAAAAUGAGUAAAUGUCAUUCAGUAAAAAUGUGAAUGGAAUCAAUACUUAUGUUGAGAUUAUGAAACAUUUUAAUAUUGUUUUGUAAGAUACUGGCAUUAAACGAUCUUUGACA